UCAAUUUAGGAUUGUUUAUUAAAAUGAAUUACGAACCAAUGAAGAUUAAAAGAUUAAGCAGUUUAUGGUUGAGGUAUGAUUCAAAUUGCUUACACAAUCGAUGUCAGUUGAAGAAAUAUGCAGGAUAAUUAUUCGGUGAGACGGAUUGAAAAGAUUGACUUUUGAACAUCCUGUAGAAAGAAUGAGGUUGAUCGGGUGUCGCAGAAAGUGGCUUUUAACCACAGGGACUGCACUGGUGGGACUUUUGUUUCUACUUAAUGGGAAUUUUCAAUCCUGUGAGGAAGAUAUGAUGCGGGGAAUUUGGGAAAAUUCCAUAGAUAUGGGUAACAGACGGUGCUUGGAUAUUUUUUACAAAACUCUAAAUCUGUCUGCUCAACAGUCGAUUUGUUCGCAAAUUAUUGGAGGAGAUCAGACUGCUAUUGAAAAGGCUCGUUUAAACUCGAUUGAUGUUACACGUCGUAAGACGCCUUUGACUGAAAAUCAUUAUUGGAAUAUGACACGGGACUGUGCUGGAUUUAAAAGGGAGCGCAAGUACCUAAACUUCGCAUUGAGCAAGGAAGAGCAGAAUUUCCCCAUUGCCUAUUCCAUUGUAAUUCAUCAGAACAUCGAGAUGUUUGAAAGACUGCUCCGGACCAUUUAUACUCCGCAAAAUGUGUAUUGUAUCCACGUGGAUCGGAAAGCUGCAGAUAGUUUUCAACUCGCUGUGAGAGCUAUUGCCUCUUGUUUCUCUAAUGUUUUCGUUGCCAGCAAGUUGGAGAAUGUGAUCUACGCGUCUUGGUCGCGAGUCCAAGCUGACCUGAACUGUAUGGAAGAGCUGCUCCAGAACCCAGUCCGCUGGAGAUAUUUCAUUAACCUGUGCGGAAUGGACUUCCCCCUUAAAACCAACGCAGAGAUUGUCAGAAGCCUCAUUGUCCUGAAUGGGAAAAACAGCAUGGAAUCCGAAGUGCCCUCAGCAUUCAAACGGGAGCGGUGGCUGUUUCAUCAUGAAGUUAAAAAUCAAAUAAGCAGAACUGAGGAAAAGAAGACCUCACCUCCAAUAAGUACUCCUAUGUUCACUGGAAAUGCAUACUUUGUGGCUUCAAGGGAAUUUGUGAAUCAUUUACUUGAAUCUCGCGAAAUCCAGAAAUUUCUGAAGUGGGCAGAAGAUACAUAUAGUCCCGAUGAGCAUGUUUGGGCUACUCUGCAGAGGAUUCCUACUGUCCCAGGCUCCAAUCCCUACAAUAGCAAGUAUCAUAUGUCAGAUAUGGCAGCCAUUGCCCGCAUGGUGAAGUGGUCCUACAUGGAGGGGGAUAUAACCAAAGGUGCCCCUUAUCCCAAGUGCACAGGAACACAUCGUCGUGCAGUAUGCAUCUACGGUUCUGGUGACCUUCACUGGAUCCUGCAACAACAUCACCUCUUUGCCAACAAAUUUGAUCCUGAAGUAGAUAACACAGCUAUUGAGUGCUUGGAGGAACAUUUGAGAUAUAAAGCAAUUUAUAGAACUGGUUUGAUGUAAAAUUGCAUUUUGGUUCAUCCUAAUUUUCCAUUUUUGUUGAUUCUUCAUAAUGUCACAUGAUGCCAUUUAACAUCCUCCAAAAUCAAGUGAGAUAGACCAAAGCUCCUUAAUGAAUUGUGUCAUUACUUAGCAGAAGAUAAUCUUUGAAAUAUUUCAUCCAUCCAUAAACACUGCAUAUUUUGCCUUUUCCCUUCCACAUUGCAAUAUCCUGCUUUUUCUUUCAUGAUUCCAAUAUUUUCUCCUCCACUCAGAGUAUAUUCUAAGUGCUGAUCACUCUCUGCAUUAAUGUAACCUUUUAGUAAUUAAACUUGUAUCUUUAUUCAGUUUUCAAUGACAUCCCAAAGUUCACUUUUCAUGUAAAAGGAAAACCAUGUUCAAAGUUAUUUGCUGAAUACUGGGUUUUGAUGAAAAUGUGAACAGAAGGUCUCCAUUUAGAUCCUGAAGGCUAUUCCAUUGUUAUGUCACAGUUAAUCAGGACCUCAAUUCCAUCCAUCCAGCUGUGAUCUGUGAUCUUUGAUCUUUAUUGCCCCUUUGAUCUCAACUGAUCAAACACUAAAAAUCGAAGCUCUCAGCCUUGAAAACUUUAAUUGUUAUUUCUUUUCUCUGCUUUGUGAAUGAGACAAUUCACAUUUUCACCAUCUGUUCUGUGAACAAGUGCUUUCUGAUACCACUCCCCAGCAACCUACCUCUAAUUCAGGAGUAAUUCUGCCUACCUUUGGAUUCCUGUACAAGAGGAAAUAAUUAGGAUAUGUGAUUGGUGUGGACGGAUUGAACCAAUGGGUUUGUUUCCGUGCUGUACAUCUCUAUGACUGUAACUCUCAUCCUCAAACCUUUCAACAAGGUCAAUUAAGCCGCACCUCAGCUGUCUGUACUCAAGUCUCAUGGACCAUUUAUUUUAAAACCUCCACACUGCUCAAAGUCCCUUCUAAUUCAUUUUUUCCCAAAUUCAUACAAUCUUUCCAAUAACUCCCUGCUUGAAUUCCUCAGACAUCAUUUCUACACCUGUCACAGCACCGAAAUAGUUCUUACCAAAGUCAUAUUAAUUUUUGUAAAAUAAUUAUUGAUUGUUUGCUCGCCUUGUCCCUUUCCUCACCCCAGUUCUGUCUUUAACAUGAAUCAACACACCUUUACUUUAGAAAUUAUUUUGUUUUUCAUUCUUAUCUUUCUGAUUAUCCCCAUAAUGCAUCUCAGGGCAUGUUCCAUGAACAGCUACCACCUGUAUCAUUUGUCCAAGAAGAUUUGUAUUAGUAUUAUGGACUAGACCAGACUCUCCCAAAGUAUAUUAUGUAAAUAGCCUAAAUCCUAACUUCUUUAUUUUUUAAAAACACAAGUGUAAGGUGCUUGGUCCACCAAUGAAUCAAAACACACUGUAUUCUGAUAACACAGUUAAAAUACAACAAAAAGAAGAACUAGCAUAACUCUAUUGAAAUAUUUAACAAGAUAAUCUAUUAUUUAAUCACUAACUUUUCCAAUAUAGGCAGCAUCCCAUAAACACAAACAUGCAAUUCAGCAAAACAGUUAUGACUCUCAUGAGCUGUCACUCUUCAGUCCAAAAGAAUGAAAUACUGAAAGAAACAACCUGCUUCUUUUAACAUUUAAGAGGAAGCAGAGAACUUCAGCUUUUAGCUCCAGCAGCCAGUAGAAACCUUCUCACUAACCGAACACAAAACUUAAAGCCCCCCUGAGUCUGUUUCUUUGUCUGACUUAAAAAACAUUCAGGGAGAAUUUAAAACUGUUUACGAACUGCCUGUCUGAAGGAAACAUAAUCACUGUGGCAAUACCCCAUCGCAAGAGAAACAGCACAGAUAGCUCUCGUAAAUGCACAGUAUCAUCAUGCCUUCUCCCCUUAAAAGAAAGAACCAUCCAUACUUCAUUUAUAAAGUAUUUUGUGUCACAUUAUUACUACUCAGCAUGACAGGAACCUUGUAUUAGCUCUGAGCAUGAAAAAAAUUCAACAAUACAGUUAUUUCAGUCCUUUUUUUUCCAUCACCAAACAGCUCCGUCUUCCUUCAUCAAUGUGCUGGCAAGUAUGUUCUCUCAUCCUGUCAUGUUUGAUUUUCAAACUGAAUGGUUGUAAUAAUGAACUUUUUCUGAAUA